CGCAGCUAUCGCACGUACAGUUCGAGCCGUGUUGUUCAAUUGAAUCGGCUCCGACUUGCAAGAUAUAUAUCAGGUGGUUUGCUGUAAUAAUCUUAUUAUCUAUCUAGUCUGCGUUGCCGCUCGCUCUAUCUCUCGUGUAAUUAAUUACGGGCUAUUUCAUCGACGACGACGAAAACGACGACUUGUGCGAGUGAACUAUCACCUGCCAGCCAAAGCCGUCGCAGCAACAUCACUCCCAAGAACACGAUAAUUUUACAACAAAUCUCGUCCCGGGCAUUUCAUUAAUGACCAGGUUAAAAUGCAUUUGUCAAGGCUAAGUUUGUGCUUGAUUUUUGUUUGUCUCUGUGCAAUCGAGUCCCAAGCAAAUAUCAAUGAUGACGUACCCUUAACCAAGCUAGGCUCAAAGUCUGGCCCAACUCUCAAGUUCUUUUAUUGUUACUCGUGUGGUUACAAAAAAGUUUUUGAGGACUAUGUUAAUAUUUUACGCCAAAAGUAUCCUGAACUACAGAUUGAUGGUGAGAAUUACAAUCCACCAGGAGCUAACAUGAUGAUAGCGAAGGGUCUGGGUAUAGCUAAAAUUCUAGUCAUUAUAUUAAUAUUCAACAAAAUAAAUAUAUUCCAAUGGAUGGGCCAACCACAACCAUUUUGGUGGCAAUGGUGCUUGGAAAACCGAUUAUACUCUUGUGUAAUGUUAUUCUUUGCGUGUAAUGCUGCCGAAGGAUAUCUAAUAUCUUCAGGAGCUUUUGAAAUACAUUUCAAUGAUGUCCCCAUAUGGUCAAAACUGGAAACUGGAAGAAUACCCCAGCCACCAGAACUGUUUCAAAUAAUAGACACACACUUGCAAAUGUUAUUCCCAGAUAUGGAAAAUGGAAAAAUUGGUCUUAAUAACUAGACUACACAGUUAUUUAAUUUUUUUAUACAUAAACUCAUUUUCUUAACUAAUUAAGUAAAGUUGUAAGAUAAUUCUGCAAAUGUGAAUUCUUUGAUAGUGUUGGAUAUUUACAUGGUAUUUUUGAUGGUGAUCAUUUGUAGAAUUAACUGAAAAUUAGAAGCUGCCAGAAAGCAAUCAACUAUACAAAAUCAAACUUGAUUAAUAUUUAAAAAAAAUUAAUAUGGGUAUAUUGUAAUGAAUUCAAUUGAUGUCUAGAAGCAAAGCAUAACACAUGAUGUAUAUUGCUAUGAAUGAAUUAUUAUGUUUGUGUAAAUAUCUUAUGACACACCAAAGGUUACACAAUGAAGCAUAGUAAGCUAUCAAACUUAUUUAUGCCAUCAAAACGUCGGACAUUUAAGUAUGUACGAGUUUUUAUUUGACUCCGUUUUUUAACUAUGCAUUUAAAAAUUGUAUUUUUCGUAAUCUUCAUUUGUUACUUUAUUACAUGCUCUAAUAAAAUAUUUUGAUCUCCAUUGUAA